CAAUAGUUAACGAAACAUGGAAAAAUGUAAAACCAUACAAGGAUAUUUUUGAUAUUAUUGAUGACACGAAUGAUGGACUUCAAUAUACAACAGAUGAAUUAAAUCGUUACUUCCAAUCAGGCCAUUUAAAGUCAACGAUAAACGAAGAAGAAAUCAUCGAAGAUGAUAUUCUCAAUGAUUCUGAUCAUAUUGAAAUUAUCCAAGAAGAAGAAGAAGAAGAAGAAGAAGAAGAAGAAGAGCAAGACGAAGAAACUAUUUUAUCACAAAAAUUAAGUCAAUUAUCGACAAAAAAUGAAAAUGAAACUACUUCAUCUUCGACUGUUGAUAGAAAACGACGAUUAAGUACCACAGCUAGUUCAAAUGCAAGUUUCAAGAAAAUUAAAAUGACUGAUGAUGAUGAUAUUGAUGAUGAUAUUGAUAAUAACGAUACAAAACAAGAUCAAAUACCAAUCUAUUUAUUAAUGAACAAUAAAUCAUUUGUUCAUAUGGCACAAAAUACAAUAAAAACAAUUCAUUCCAUUAGUACGAAUGAUAUACAACAAUUGGCUGUGUCAAUGCAUCAUAUUGCAGCUUUUCAUAUACAAAAACAAAUCACAGAAAUAUAUUUAAAGUCAGUCACUGGUACAUUACAAGAAUCAGAAAAUGAUUUAAUCGAAGUUGACCGACGAGUUUGGCCUAUGCAAGUGAAAUCAUUCUUGUUAACACAUCGUAAAUUGACAAUGACACCGAGUCCAAUUGUUACAACAAUCAUGGAAACACAUACAGAAGAUGAACAACUCAUUUGUGAACAAAUUCUCCAUCAACGUUUACAAGAUAUGAAUCAAAACAUUGAACAUUAUCAACGACAACUAAAUGAAAAGAAGAAUUCAUUAAUUGGAUUUACAUCCACAAUGGAAGAAUCCAUACAAACCUAUGUUCAAGAAUAUGGAGUUAAACCACUUGAAAUGAAACGUGAUUUAAAAAUUGCAAUAGUUACAUAUAAUUAUGAAUCACAAAUACUCGAACGUAAAUAUUUACAAGAGACACCAAAUCAAUAUCAAAUUGAAGUUGCUAAACGUCUAAUUGAUACAAAACGUGAAGUCGAAAAAUCCAAACGAGCAUUAUUAGAAUUAAAACAAGGAAUCUUCUACAAUAAAUCAUCUAUUUCAUUUGAUUCUGUUCAAGUAUCGAUGCCAACUUGGAAUAAUAAUACAAUAAUGAAAGAAAAAGUUCAGGGACAAUUACUUCAUAAACAUAAAAAACUAAUUCAAUAUAAGAAACUUGAUUUACUAGCUAUACAUAUAUUACAAGCAGAAACAACUUAUUGUCAAUUUCAAAACAUAUUCGAUUAUGAAUUGUCUAAAAUGUGGAAAAAUCAUCGUAAUCUUGUUAAAGAUCAUGGAAUGACUACAUCAUUAAUCAAUUUAAUUGAACAACAUCUAAAUAAUAUUACCAAUCGAUGGAGAGAUGUUUUCAAUUAUAGAAUCGAUUAUUUUCUUCGAAAUUCUUAUGAUGAAUUGCAAUAUAAGAAUACCAAUGAAAAAGAACAAACUAUGAAAAUAGUUGAAUUUUCAUCUUCUCUAAUUAUUGAUACUACAUAUAGAUUCACAAAUGAACAAUUACAAUUAUUAAGUCGUGGGCCAGCUUAUGUGCCACCAUGUCAAAUGUAUAUCUCGUCUUCAAAUGAAUCCAUUGGUGACAUCGUAAAGAAACAAUAUGCACCAUUAAAACAUCAAUUAAUGAAUAUAUUUUCAAAAUAUAAGAUUCAUUUACCUUUAACAAUUGAAAUGGAAGAAAAAACUUAUAAUAGAUUUAAAGAUUUAUUUCUAAAAUCAAUACCAUCGAAUCUUUAUCAACGUGCUCUCUAUGAAAAGAAACUAAUUCAAUCGAUUCGAUAUUCUUUAAACAAAAACAAUCUUAUUCUACGAAGAACAGUUGAUAAUAUGAAUACAUUCUAUGUGGGCAACAUUCAAGAUUUUGAAGCUAAAGCCGAUAAAUAUUUAACAAAAUCAGAAGAAUACAAAGUUCUUAUCAAUAUGGAUGAAGAAAUUAAUGAACAACCAUUGCAUACUGCAUUAAAAAAUAUGAUGGAAUCAAUGAAUUCUCUAUUGGAACAAUUGAAAACACAUAAAGCCAUCAAAGAGGAUUUAUACAAACGAUUAGUUGUUGAUCCAACUAAAGUUAAACUACCAAAUUUAUAUUUCUUACCAAAUGUAUCAAAGGUAAAAAACAUUUCAGUUAUUCACUCGUUUUUCAUUUUGAUUUAUUCAGGAAAAUGA